AUGGGAAGCGUGGGGGUUUUAAUCUCAAUCCUCUUAAUUAAGUACAAGAGGUGGCUUGUUACUAAUCCUACCUGCUCAAUAUUUAUUUCGGCGUUAAUUGUAUCUUCUGUCAUUCCAUUGCUGACAAACUCUGCAGAAAUCUUACUGCAAAGAGUUCCUAAAGCUCAUGAGCAAGAUUUGAAGGAAGCUCUAUACGAUGUAAUGAAACUGAAUGGUGUGUGUGGUAUUCUGAACCUGUAUGUGUGGAGUUUUACAAACACAGACGUUGUGGGGACAGUUCCAUCUCCACGUCUCGAAAGAGACUGA